AUGGUCCUCCUCCACCUCAAGCAUCGAGCUCCUCGGGACCAAUUGACUUGGAGGAUCAACAAGAAGAUUCACCGAGAGGCCGAGGCAAGAUGUCAUGUGGCUUCUUGCAACCAUGACAUUAUGGCAAAGCUUGGAAUUCUGAUGGAGGAUAUCAAACCUCUGUAUGAGCCCUAUGAUAUGCCUGAGCUAGAUACUCAAUCUGAUCUUGGUCCGGAGGACACCCACAACAACACCUCCACACCCACAGCCUAUUCGCCUCUCCAAAAGAAGACCACGCGCCGGUUCGACAACACAAGGCCUGCUGUGCGACUCCGACAGCCUCCCCACCUGAUUGUGAGCGGCGACCAGAGGCACUGGGGUGAGUUCGUAACCAAAGGGGUUCUGUUCCACGUCGUCGGGUGGAUCAGAGAGUUCCUCAACGGAUAA